AUGGGUAGAGGAUGGAUUUGGACCCUUCUACAGGUCGUGCUUUGGGGCAUGGGUCGAGUUGUCUCGGAUUCUGUCUACCGAAAUCCUUGUGCAGGUCUGAUGUCAACCGAUCUAAUUGAGGAGGCACUACCGAUGGACGGGCAACUUCCGGUUGGGGUCAAGGUCGUUUAUGAUACCUCAAGUCACGUUCACGCAUUUGAGUUCAACGAAGAUUCAACUGAUGUGCAAUUAAGAUCACAGCCUCUUUUUCACAAAUGUUCCAAAUUCCCAGAAGAAUUUUCAAUAUUUUUUGUUAUAAAACAUAGACGAGUAUAUGGGAAAAAAGAGUGUUUACUUAGAGUGCGAAAUCAAAUCACUUCUAUUCUGUCUAUAAAUUUGACAAAUAAAUAUAUCAUGCUUGUGUAUAAUAGUCGGAGAGUGAAGUUUAGGAACACAGCUUUAUUAGACAAUAAAUGGCAUACAAUAGGAUUGAGUGUAACAGGAAGUGACGUCAUUAUGACGACAGACUGUCGGAACAGGAAAAGGAAGCGCUUAAAGAGAAAGUUUCCUGCAAAUAUUCCUUUUCAAAAUGGGACAUUCCAAAUAGCAAGCUGUCGAGCUGGAAGCGGGGUUGUACGGGGAAUCCUGAAGGAUCUGGUCUGGGUUCCGGGAGCUGAUGCCGUUAGAAGGGCCUGUCCACCACGAAUACCUAAACACACACACAUGGACAACCGACUGCCUUCUCUUCCAGAUUUGUACGGGAUUGCCUCCCCUGGUCCACGCUGGGAGGAUUGCACAUGGAUGGACGUGGGUAACGUGGCAUAUGACCUCCACUCUGAGUCUCUAAAAGUCUGUGUUAACGGCAUCUGGCAACACGUCACAGUCAGCGUACCAGAAAAGAAACCAGAGCCGAAACGCCUGGACUAUUUAGAGUUUUACCAAGAACUACGUACCCCUGGGCCCUCUAUAGACGUGGAGAUAUUCACUAUCCCGGAGGAAGGCAUGUUCGCCGUGUUUGCUUGUUCCGGAAGAAAGCGGCCGGACGUGUCAGCUCUCUACAAAUGGACGGAUAAAUCUUGGACUUUAUACCAAAGAUUGAAAACCAACAUGGCACAGGCUUGGGAGUUCUUCACGGUAGAUGACUCUUUUUUCCUUGCAGUUGCUAACUACGGACAAGAUGAUGGCAUCCUGACAAAUUCUACAAUCUUCAAAUGGCAACGCAGGAAACGGAAGUUCAAAGAGUACCAGCAGCUUCCGACCUAUACCGCGCGUGAUUUUGAAUAUUUCAUGGCGGACGGAACACACUACCUCGCAGUCGCUAAUCACGCUCAAGGGAACAGUCAGAAAACUGAGUCAGUGAUUUAUGUGUGGAACGUGACAACCCAGGUGUUCCAGGAGAGGCAGCGCAUAGACACCGUGGGAGCCUAUGAUUGGACCCACUUCACUGUCGGGGACUACACGUUCCUGGCUCUGGCUCAGGCUUUCGAUGGUCUUACCACCCAGCUGGACUCCAGAAUAUAUAUCCUACAGGGGGAUCAGUUCUUCAUUUUCCAGACGAUGGAGACAAAUGGCGCCACCGACUGGGAGAUGUUUACUAUCAGUGGAAUCAUUUACAUGGCUGUCGCUAAUGCUUACAACUAUGGACCUCAAAACUUCUCUAAGACAAGGACAUACUACACCAACUCCACAAUAUACAAACUCAACACCAACAAACGGGCGUUUGAGAGAUUUCAGAACCUUGAUACGUACAGCGCGGUUGACUGGGAAUUUUUCACUGUUGGAGACGACAAGUUUCUCUUAGUAUCGAAUGCACAAAAUGGCGGCGAGGAGCGGGAGCUACGCAGUGCGAUGUAUCGAUGGCAGGGAUUGGAUGGUUUCGUACCCGUCCACGUCAUGGCAACGCUUCCGAACUCGGACUGGGAAGUUUUUACCGACGAUGGCGACAUCUACUUCAUAUACACCAAUGCAAAGGGACGUAAUUCUCAGAUUUUGAAGGCGAAAUUUGUUUCAUAG